AUGACCAAAAAAAGACUGGCUACUGACGCUUCUUUGCCAAAAAUCUCACCGGGACCGCCCUUGAAUGAAACAAGGGUAACCGAGGCAGACCUCUGGAAUCUCAAGCAAGCGCCAUUCGAGCCAUUAAGAGCGCACAUAAACAAGUUCAUGGAAAUCAAAGCCAGGAUCUUGCACCCAAACGAAGCCGUGGCCCUGGCGGCGUUAAAGAACGGCGUCUGGUUCUCAUCCAAAUUCAGGGAAAAAAUGGCAGUGCGGGCACCAAUCUCGUUGGACGAUGCCCAACACCGACCUUCUUAUUUCGCAACUCACGAAGAGGAGGUCACAACCUUAAAGGAACAGUACAUCGCAAACAAAAAUAACGUCGCCAAAAAGAAUAUUGCUCCUAAAGAACCAGCAACUAAAGGGAAACACUCCUAUGCGAUAAACAAUUCGCCGCAAAAUAAAUCAUCAACGUACGACCCCAACAAACAUUGUGCCUUCAAUGACCGAAAAGGUCAUUCGACCGAGGAAUGUCGAGCGGCACUUCGCAGUCAAAACGAAAAUAAAAAGACCAGCGAGGAUACCGAAGAAGAAGAGGAAGAGCCAGCGACUCCAAAAUCUAAUCAAAAAGCUAAAGGCUCUUUGAAUAAAAGAAGCAGGGAAACCGAGCCAGAGUCGCCUAGCUCUCCACCCCCAAUGCUAAAGACAAGAGUCGACAUGAUCUCAUGGGGGUCAGAAAGCCAUACACCUAACAGAAUCGAGGGACAAACCGAAGGAAGAGAAAACCCUCAACUUCAAGCGAAAGCAGAAGAUGGCCAUAAUCCACGAACUGCUAGAAAGACCGAUUGCCCCACAAAUUCAGAAGAAAGACAGCAUGCGAACCCUUAA